AGAGAGUGGCCUCUUUGUUUGGAGCUAAAGUGCCGGCUGGAACAAAUAAGUAGGCUGACUCCUAAUCUUGCAGAAUAUGCAAAUCUGCAGCCACACAGGAGAGGUUAGAUGCUAACAAGAGGGUGGUAGUGUUGGUGCCGGGAGGUUCAUUUGGAUGUCUCCAGCUGACGGAGCAUGACCUGACUGGGGACGAAUAUAGAGGACAUAAUGGGGGACGGAGUGGGUGGAUUGGUGCAUGACUCCACCGGGAGAACACAGUCAGUGAGCAGGAAACUGGUCGGAGAAUCUGUCUGAGCAGCCUGUGACUUACAAUAAUAAUAAUAAUAACCAAAUAUUUGGGCCAAAAGGUCUCCUUUGUUCACCUGUUGGACCUGCGACAGCAUAUUGGAACGUACCUGAAAGGAAGCCAUGGCUCGAACAAGUCCGCCCAAAGGAUGCGGUUCCGGCAUUGGUUCUAUUUAUUACAACCUGUGUGACCUGACCGUGGUGUGGGGGGUGGUGGUGGAGGCCCUCGCCGCCACCGGUGUGAUGACCUCCUUUGUUCUCUUCGUCGUCCUCAUGGCCUACCUGCCUUUUGUGACAGAUAAGAAAAGGAAAGGUAUGGUGGCCUUGCAGGCAGGCGUUCUGGUCUUCACACUAGGACUCUUCGGUCUUACCUUUGCCUUUGUCGUGGGCCGCUACUCCGCCAGCUGUGCCGCACGCAGGUUCCUUUUCGGCGUUUUGUUCUCGGGAUGCCUGGCCUGCCUGGUGAUGCACGGGUUGUGGGUCGCCCUGCUGGAGCGCCGGGGACGGGGGCCCAGGAGUUGGAUGAUCUGCCUGGGAGCACUGAGCCUCUGGCUGGUGGAGGUCAUCAUCAACACAGAGUGGCUCCUCAUCACUGUGUUGCGGAAUCCACCGGGCGGUGAUGCGGACGUCUCCGAGCCGUCUUGCAGCUUCGCCAACCAGGACUUUGUCAUGGCGCUGAUCUACGUGAUGGUCCUGCUGGUCGCCACCGCGCUGAUGGCCGUGCCCUCGUUGACGCACAAGCACAAGCAGUGGCGCCAGGACGCAGCUUUCCUCCUGGCGUCAAGCCUCGUCACCGUCGCCAUUUGGGUAGCUUGGAUCGUCAUGUACGUCCACGCGAACAAAGUGCUGGGGGACGCCAGCUGGGAUGAUCCCACACUGGCUGUGGCUGUGGUGUCCAAUGCCUGGGUGUUCUUGCUCUUGUACGCCAUCCCGGAAAUCUGCUUACUGACCCAGGGGGACCUGGACCAGGAGCCCCCACUCGACGAAGACCACAGCUUCCCGGUCAGAAGCUUAGUGUACGACAUUCACAAGGAGCCAGAGCCGCCACACCAGACUGUGUACAUGGAGAAUAAAGCCUUCACUAUGGAGGAGCCGCCAUCAGUGCCCACAAAGCCAGUGUCUCCAUACGGCGCUUACAACGGACAGCUGCGAAGCUGCGUCUACCAGCCCACUGAAAUCGCCCUGAUUGCCAAGGGUCUGACCAAGAUGGACCAGGACACGAUGAUGCGCCGUGCCUCUGCCGCCUCUCUGAACCCGUGCAGUGCAAGCAACAGCUCACUGCAUCUCUCAGUGGGCUCCUAGCAACCAUAUCGCACGCAGACACGGUCAAAAGCACAUUGUUGGUUUUCACUGGCUUAUGUUCUGUCUUUGAUGGAUCACUCCACUUUGGUUCUAUGUGGCUUUUUUUUGUGUGUGGGACGUUUGUUGUUGUUGCUGUGACGGACACACUGUAUUUGAGCUAUUAUUCACACACAAGUUUGAAUGGCAGUAAAGGCGGUAAUAAAUUUGGAGGAACUGGCCUUUUUUUGUUUGAAUUA